AUGGCUAACUCGUGUGCCGUGCAGGUGAAGCUGGAGCUGGGGCACCGCGCCCUGGUCUGCAAGAAACCCACCGUGGAGGGAUUCACCCACGACUGGAUGGUGUUCGUGCGCGGUCCGGAGCACAGCAACAUACAGCACUUUGUGGAGAAAGUCGUCUUCCACUUGCACGAAAGCUUUCCAAGGCCAAAAAGAGUGUGCAAAGAUCCACGUUACAAGGUAGAAGAAUCUGGGUAUGCUGGUUUCAUUUUGCCAAUUGAGAUUUAUUUUAAAAACAAGGAAGAACACAAGAAAGUUCGAUUUGAUUAUGACUUAUUCCUGCAUCUUGAAGGCCAUCGUUCCGCUGAAAAAAAACAGACAAAAGAGAAAUCUCAUGUCAAGAUGGGAAAGGUCAAAAUUGAAAGUGAGACAUCAGAGAAGAAAUCAACUUUACCGCCCUUCGAUGAUAUUGUGGACCCCAACGACUCAGACAUGGAGGAGAAUAUGUCCUCUAAAUUGGAUUCUGAACAGCCCAGUCCUGCCAGUUCCAGUUCCAGUUCCAGUUCCAGCUCCAGCUCCAGCUCCAGCUCCAGCUUCACACCGGCUCAGACCAGGCAACAAGGUCCUUUGAGGUCUAUAAUGAAAGAUCUACAUUCUGAUGACAAUGAGGAGGAAUCUGAUGAGGCGGAGGAUAAUGGCAAUGACUCUGAAAUGGACAGACCUGUAAAUAGAGGAGGAAGUCGAAGUCGCAGAGUUAGCUUAAGUGAUGGCAGUGACAGUGAGAGCAGCUCUGCGUCUUCACCUCCCCAUCACGAACCUCCGCCGCCCUCAUUAAAAACCAACAGCAACCAGAUUCUUGAAGUGAAAAGUCCAAUAAAGCAGAGCAAAUCAGAUAAGCAGAUAAAGAAUGGCGAGUGUGACAAGGCAUACCUGGAUGAACUGGUGGAGCUUCACAGAAGGUUAAUGACACUGAGAGAAAGACACAUCCUGCAACAGAUUGUGAAUCUUAUAGAAGAAACUGGACACUUUCAUAUCACAAACACAACAUUUGAUUUUGACCUUUGCUCAUUGGACAAAACCACAGUCCGUAAACUACAGAGUUACCUGGAAACUUCUGGAACAUCCUGA